AUGUCGCACGCGCUUGUCCAACGCUAUCUGCUGUGCCUGUGCCUGUUUGGCCUUCUGGCCUUGGGCUGCGCACAGCCGCUGCAGGAUCAUGAGCGCAUUGUGGGCGGCCGCGACACCGACAUCUCCGUCUAUCCACAUCAGAUCUCGCUGCGCCGCAAAGCCAUCACCGCGCCCAGAAAUUCCUUCUCACACAUCUGCGGCGGCUCCAUUGUGGCCGAUAACAUUAUCGUCACUGCGGCGCACUGCAUCAUUGGCUCGGUGCCGAGUCAGUACAAAGUGGUCGGCGGCACCAGUCGCCGCAAUGAGGCCAAGGGCGCUGUGUCGAAUGUGCGCGAGAUCAUUAUGCAUGAGCAGUAUAAUCCCGAUAACUAUGACAACGAUAUAGCGCUGUUGGUGCUGCGUGAGCCGCUGCCGCUCAACAACUUCACCAUGCGCGCCAUUCGGCUGGCCAGCAAGGCCGCUGAGGCUGGUGAAAUCAGCAGCAUUAGCGGCUGGGGCACCAAAGCGCCCGGCGGCUACUCCGCCGAUCAGCUGGUGGCCGCUCAAGUGCCCAUUGUCAGCAACGAGGAUUGCAACAAGGACUACGGCGCGGGCAGAAUAACGAGCGCCAUGUUGUGUGCCGGUUAUCGCGGCACUGGCGGCGUCGAUGCCUGCCAAGGCGACUCCGGCGGACCGCUGAUCAUUGACAAUGAAUUGCACGGCGUUGUCUCCUGGGGCUACAGCUGUGCCCUGCCCUCGCAUCCUGGCGUCUACGCCAGCGUUCAUUACAUGCUGCCCUGGCUGCAAGCCAAAAUCGCUGCAAUUAAUAAGUUGUAAUUAAUACUUUGUGUGGUCAUGUGGCUUUAAAUAAAUUUCAACA